AGUAUAUAAACAAUUAAAAAAGAAAAAAAAAAAGAAAAAAGCAAAGAAACAAAAACCUCAGUUGCCGAAAGAAGCAUAAUCUGAAAUUUGGAAAGCGAAUUAAUCGUUUGAGGUUGCUUGGUUCCUCCUCUCGCAGAUGGUAAGGGGAGGAAAGGUUAGUGGCAAACGCACUUUUAGAAAAAAGGUUCGGUCAAAGGAGGGCGGUUCUGAUGAUUCGGAUGAGGACUAUGUGGUUUCAGAUGAAGAUAGAGAUGUAUCUGACUAUUAUUGCUCCUCGUUAGAUGGAUGUGCAUCAGAGGAGAGUUUUGAAAAUUUUAUGGAGGAGGAGGAGGAUGAAGAGGAGGAGGAGGAGGAGGAAUUUCAAGGAGUGAGUAAUUUCAAUAGAUCCAAGGUGAAAAAUGACAUUUGUGGUCGGCGGAGAAAUGCAAGUAAAAACUCAAGAAAGGGGGGAAGGAUUACGUAUGCAGAACAAGAAGAAGGGGAGGAGAAAAAGGAAGACAAAGAAGCCAGGGGGGAGGAGGAGGAGGAGGAAGAGGAGGAGGAGGAGGAAGAAAUUCAUGGAGUGAGAAAUUUCAAUAGGUCAAAGGCCAAAAAUGGUGUUUGGGGUAAGCAAAAAAAUGCAAGUAAAACCACACGAAAGAGGGGAAGGAUAACACAUGCAGAACAACUAGAAGAAGAGGAGGAGGAGGAGGAGGAGGAGGAGAUGGAAGAGGAGGAGGAGGUGAAGGAGCAGGAAGAGAAGGUGGAGAGAGAUGGAGAAUGGGAAGGGGAGGAAGAGCAGGGAGAUGGAGAUGAAGAGGAUGAGGAUGAGGAUUUUGACUUUGACGACGAGGAUGAUGAAUUUACGCCAGAGGAAGAAGAUUAUUCAGAUGAGGAAGAAGAAUUGAGGGGGAGAAAGAAGAAAAAUAAUGGCAUGAAAAUGGGCAAGAAGGUUUUACAGAAAAGGGCCUCUGUGGCUUCUACCAGAGGUCGAAAAAGGCGGAGUUCUAGAGCAUCAAAGAAACCCUUGAAAAACAAAAAAAGAAAGAAUGGAGGGUUAAGGAGGAAAGUAAGAUAUGACAAUGAAGAUGGUUUUAUAGAUAGUUGCCCAGCCAUCAAGACAACGAGUAGGAAAAAAGAUGCCCCGAAGAGGAGAAGGCUGCUUCUCGCGGAUUCAGAUUCAGAAUUUGUGUCUUCUGGAUCAUCAGAUUUUGAGUAUACCAUAUCUGAAGAAGAGAGAGAACAGAUGAGAGAAGCCAAGAAAUUGUGUGGAAGCUUGCGAAAUAACUUGAGGAGUUCAUCCUUCCUAACAAAAAAUGAAGAGGUUGGAGUCCAUGAAGAUCUACAUCAGCAGAGGAAGCCUCCAGGUCGGAAGGGUAAGGAAAAGAUAGAAGAACCACAAGGUAGAAAGGGUAAAGAAAAGGUGGAGGGUUUAAAAAGUGAGGUGGGAAAGCAGGUUUGCGGGGUUUGUCUGUCUGAGGAAGAUAAAAGAAGAGUAAGGGGGGUACUAAAUUGUUGCACUCACUAUUUCUGUUUUGCUUGCAUUAUGGAGUGGGCGAAGGUGGAAUCUCGCUGCCCUUUGUGUAAGCAGAGAUUCAAAACAAUCAGUAAGCCUGCACGAUCAUCGACAGGGAUUGAUUUAAGAGAAGUGGUGAUACAAGUUCCUGAACGUGACCAGGUUUAUCAGCCCUCUGAAGAAGAACUCAGGAGCUACAUUGAUCCAUAUGAGUAUGUUAUUUGUUCAGAGUGUCAUCAAGGUGGAGAUGAUGGCCUCAUGUUGCUCUGUGAUAUCUGCGAUUCCCCAGCACACACAUAUUGCGUUGGUUUGGGGCGGGAAGUUCCUGAAGGUAAUUGGUAUUGUGAUGGUUGUAGACCAGUUGCUUUGGGAUCUUCAAAUUCCCAAGAUCAAGAACGUGUUGCUGAUCCAAGGAUAACAACCCAGAGCAUGCCUGUUAGACCACCCCCUCUUCAACAUGUACGAGAAAGUAUAGACCUCAACUUGACUUCUUCACCCCGCGCAGCUUUUAAUCAAGGAUUUGGGCAUCUUUCAUCUUCUAGGUUUACUGGCAGAAGUGUCGAAGGAGCUUCUCCAAUACCUGGAGGGGCACCAACUUUAUCAGAGAGACGUUGGAUACACCGUCAAAUUCAUCAGCUACUUUCAAUAGAUAGGAUGACCUCUGCAACUGGCAGAACUAAUGGUAUUUCAGCUACCAGUUCAACUAGUAACUUACAUAGCUCUCAAAUUGAUCAAAGUAGGGAAACAGCCACUCAGUAUGCAAGGACACAGGAUGUGGGAACAUCAUACCAUACAUUUUUUGAGGAGAGAUUGUGCAACAAUAGCUCUCCAUUAAUGCAGAAUGGGGCAUUAUGGCCUGGACUUAUGGGAACACCCCCAGUACCAGAUUGUGAACAAGUCCAUCAGUUCAGCAGAUCAAACGUUGUCACUGAUGGUAGCUUGUUCCCUGCUGUCAGAGAAGAGAGUAACUUUCACAUUGCAAUGGAACAGUUGCAGUCGAUGGUUAAAGACCACCUGAAGAAUUUGUCUCAAAAUAUUGAUUUAGGCCACAGUACUUCCAAGGACAUUACAAGGAGUUCUAUGCACACCAUACUAGCAGCUUGUGGUCUUGAGCACAAGAAGAGUGAGGUUUGCACUGUGCCUCCCCCAUCCGUGUGUCCGCACAUUGAACUAAUGGCUGGUUGGCAAACGAGUCUGAUUAAAGGUUGCUGCUCAUCUUGCUUUGAUUCUUUUGUAGGAGAUGUGGUGAAGAGGAUUUUGGACACAAGAAUCUCGUCACAGUGGUUACGAUUAGGUCUUUAGGCAUUAUUGCAAUUGUUAGGAGUUCAGAAAGACAAGAAUAUUCAUUCACUUUUUUAUACAUAUGAAAUAUGAUUCACUACCUUUGACAACAAG